GGAAGUUGGGGGGAUUCAUCAGUCCAGUGAAGAGACUGAAGAAGUGGUGCUCGUUGAGGAAGCUGACAAGAUUCACAGGUCCAGUGAAAGACAGAAAUCGAGGAAGCCAGGAAGAUUCAUCACUCCAGUGAAGAGACUGAAAUGAAAUGGCGCUCAUCACCGAGACCAGUGAGGCCAGUGAGAAGGAAGCUGAGGAGGUUCAUCAUUCCGGUGAAGAGACUAAAAAUGGUCUCCAUCGACGAGGCGGUGCUGCAGGCCACACCGAGAUCCUAUUCCUGUCUGUGGAUAGAUGGGCACAGCCAAAACCCAAUGAGAAAAAGGAACAUCUGGUUGUUGAUGAGGUGCAGCAUGAGUCUGUUGCAGAGAAGGAGAAUGAAGUGCCAUUCUUUGGUGCUCUGUUUCAGAGCGCAAGCAAGUCAACUGAGAGCAAGAAAGAUCUGCUUGUUGAUGAGUCUGUUGCAGUGGAGGAGAAUGAAGUGCCAUUCUUUGGUGCUCUGUUUCAGAGCGCAACCAAGUCAACUGAGAGCAAGAAAGAUCUGUUGUUGAUGAGUCUGUUGCAGAGGAGGAGAAUGAAGUGCCAUUCUUUGGUGCUCUGUUUCAGAGCGCAACCAAGUUGUUGA